AUGCAGCCUUUUGCCUCUUCUCGCUGCAUUCUAGCCCAUAGGGGCAACAGCCAGAUGGUCUGUGCUAAGAUUCAUCUCAUCCCCACGGGCCCUGUGCCUUCCUACCAUGUCCACGUGGUGGCCAAUGCCCAAGACAGCUGCUCCAUGCGCUGUGGCGCCCUGGACAGUCCGUGUUCCUGCCACCCAACGUGCUCCGGCCUUGGCACCUGCUGCUUAGAUUUCCGGGACUUCUGCCUGGAGAUCUUGCCCUACUCAGGCUCCAUGAUGGGCGGCAAGGACUUUGUGGUGCGGCACUUCAAGGUGUCCAGCCCCACAGACACCAGUGUGAUCUGCAGGUUUAAGGAGAGCAUCCAGACCCUCGGCCAUGUGGACUCCUCCGGGCAAGUGCACUGUGUGUCACCCCUGCUCUAUGAGAGCGGCCGCGUCCCCUUCACCGUCUCACUGGACAACGGCCACUCCUUCCCUCGCGCGGGCACCUGGCUGGCUGUGCACCCCAACAAAGUGUCAAUGACGGAAAAGAGCGAGUUGGUGAACGAGACGCGUUGGCAAUACUAUGGCACCGCCGACACCUCAGGCAACCUCAGCCUGACCUGGCACGUCGAGGCGCUGCCCACGCAGACCGUCACCAUCGAGCUGUGGGGCUAUGAAGAGACAGGAUUGCCCUACUCACAGGAGUGGACUGCAAAGUGGUCGUACCUGUACCCCCUGGCCACACACAUCCCCAACUCCGGCUCUUUCACCUUCACCCCAAAACCUGCUCCUCCCAGCUACCAGAGAUGGCAAGUGGGUGCACUUCGGAUCAUCGACAGCAAAAAUUACGCGGGGCAGAAGGACGUGCAGGCGCUCUGGACCAAUGACCACGCGCUGGCCUGGCACCGGAGCGAUGACUUCCGAGAGGACCCUGUGGCCUGGGCACGCACUCAGUGCCAAGCCUGGGAGGAGCUGGAGGACCAGCUGCCCAACUUCCUGGAGGAGCUGCCGGACUGCCCCUGCACCCUGACCCAGGCCUGGGCUGACUCCGGCCGCUUCUUCACGGACUACGGCUGUGACAUGGAGCAGGGCAGCGUGUGCACCUACCACCCCGGGGCCGUGCACUGUGUGCGCUCUGUGCAGGCCAGCCCUCGGUACGGCUCGGGUCAGCAGUGCUGCUACCCAGCGGAUGCUACACAGCAGAUAACGCAGCUCCUGACGGCCGACUCCAGCAGUGGCAGCACUCCCAACCGCGGCCAUGACUGGGGCGCACCCCCGUUCCUCACGCCACCCCGAGUGCCCGGCAUGUUUCACUGGCUCUACGAUGUCCUCAGCUUCUAUUACUGCUGCCUCUGGGCACCCGACUGCCCCCACUACAUGCAACGGUGGCCCUCCAAUGACUGCCCCAACUACUGGCCCCUGCGACUGGCCUCCGCCUUCGGAGACCCACACUUUGUGACCUUCGACGGCACCAACUUCACAUUCGUUGGGUGCGGAGACUACGUGCUGCUGGAGGCAGUACUGACUGACCUGAGGGUGCAGGCGCGGGCCCAGCCCGGGAGGAUGUCCAACGGCACGCAGACCCGUGGCACGGGGCUGACCGCAGUGGCCGUCUAGGAAGGCAACUCAGACGUGGUGGAGGUCAGGCUGGCCAACGGGACCAGAGGUCUGGAGGUGCUGCUGAACCAGGAGGUGCUGAGCUUCGCCGAGCAGAGCUGGAUGGGCCUGAAGGGAAUGUUCCUGUCAGUGGCUGCCAGGGACAGGGUCUCCAUCAUGCUGGCAUCAGGGGCCGGCCUGGAGGUCAGCAUGCAGGGCCCGUUCCUGAGUGUGUCCGUCCUGCUGCCUGAGAAGUUCCUCACCCACACCCACGGCCUCCUUGGGACACUGAACAACGACCCCACCGACAACUUCACCCUGCGCAGCGGGCGCGUCCUGCCCCCGGGCAGCAGUCCCCAGGAGCUGUUCCUGUUUGGGGCCGACUGGGCCGUGCACAACGCGUCCUCCCUGCUCACCUACGACUCCUGGUUCCUGGUCCACAACUUCCUGUACCAACCCAAGCACGACCCCACCUUCGAGCCUCUCUUCACCAGUGAGACCACCCUCAACCCCAGCCAGGCACAAGAGGCAGCCAAGCUAUGCGGGGACGAUCAUUUCUGCAACUUCGAUGUGGUGGCCACUGGGAGCCUGAGCACGGGCAAUGCCACUCGGGUGGCUCACCAGCUGCACCAGCGUCGCAUGCGGAGUCUGCAGCCAGUCGUGUCCUGUGGCUGGCUGGCCCCACCUCCCAGUGGACAAAAGGAGGGCAACAGGUACCUGGCGGGUUCCACCAUCUACUUCCACUGUGACAACGGCUACAGCCUGGCCGGGGCAGAGACCAGCACCUGCCAGGCUGAUGGCACCUGGUCCUCACCCACCCCGGAGUGCCAGCCAGGACGCAGCUACGCGGUGCUGUUGGGCAUCAUCUUUGGGGGCCUCGCGGUGGUGGCAGCAGUUGUGCUCAUCUAUGUGCUGCUGCGACGCAGGAAGGGCAACAUGUGA